AUGGCGGGCACCAGAUAUUCCCCGGUCCUCGAGACCAGUCGCAUCUUCUCCGAUCUUUGCGAGCAGGCGGAGCGCUUUGACUUGCCACCAGAGGUCCUCGCGAACAAGGAUCGCGUAUCUUUCUCAACCAGCCAUAAUGAGAUCUACUUCCCCAUUCCAUUCAAAGAAACCGAGACCCUUGCCGCGCUGAAGGGUAUCGAGGGUUCUGUCGCAGCUGCUAUCGCAGAUCUCCGCUUUGGUGCUGGUGCGUCACCUCGUGGUGUCCAAGUCAGCCUUGAAGGCGCGACUGCCUUUGGAUGCCAAGCGUACAUGGCCAAGGUGGCCGGCCUGUCAAAGUUGGACCCCAAUGUGAAGUCGAAGCUCAAGAACACGGACCUGUUGUCUGCGCAGUCUAACGGCUACCGCCGCAUGUCGGCUAACCUGUACAAGACCAAGAACCCAGGAGAGUUCUUCCAUAUUCAUGGAUCUCUGGAGGCUACGACCACUUUGAAUAUGAUUGGGCUCGAAGGCGAGAGGCCAGAUUUGACUGACUACGAAGAGAUCAUCAAAGUCAUCGAGGAGAAGGUGCAGAAAUACACAGCCUCUGAGCUUGAGGUGAUGAACAAGGAGAGACGUCAGGCUGGUGUAACUGCCUACAAACACGAAGACUUCAUCAAGACACCCCAUGGGAAACUCAAUGUCCAAGAGCCGGCAUGGAAGGUCAGCCGUCUGCCAGGCAACCUUCCCCCAACUCCAUUCCCAAAAGCUCCUAGCGACAAUAAAAAGAUCCUUAAGGGCGUCAAGGUGCUGGAGAUGUGCCGUAUCAUCGCAGGCCCAACUGUUACCCGUAUUCUCGCCGAGUACGGUGCCGACGUCCUGAAGAUUACUAGCCCUAGCCUUUCGGAUGUGCCUUUCUUCCAGGUUGACGGUAACAUGGGCAAGCAUGCCGCAGACCUUGACCUGAAGACCGAGGCCGGACGCAAGGAGUUUGAGAAGCUCCUGGAUAACGUCGAUGUCAUUGUAGAUGGUUACCGCCCUGGAGCUCUGGAUAAGCUCGGAUACGGAGCAGAGGCCAUGGCAGCUUUGGCCGAGAAGCGGGGCAAGGGCAUCGUCUACGUGAAUGAGAAUUGCUUCGGAUACGAAGGCGAAUGGGCUGGCCGAGCUGGAUGGCAACAGAUUGCCGACUGCGUCACCGGUAUCGCCUGGGCCCAAGGCAAAUUUAUGGGCCUCUCGACCCCCGUCGUGCCCCCUUUCCCAAUCUCCGACUACGGAACCGGCUGCAUGGGCGCCAUCGCCGCCCUAACCGGUCUCUACCACCGCGCCAAAACCGGCGGUUCAUACCACGGCAAAGCCUCCUUGAUGCACUAUGACCUCCUCCUCUUCGCCAUGGGCCAGUAUCCCGACGACGUACAAGAGGAGCUGCGCUCGGUGCAGUCUGCUGAUUUCUUCAAGUUGCGCCAUUGUGAUAGCGUUGACCGUAUUUCUUCGACUGUGUUGAAGAGCAUGCAUGAGCGUUUCCCUCACUUGUACUUGGCUGCUGGUCAUGAGAGUGAGGGUCGCAAACCUCUUACCGAAUUGUGGUCUUCUGCUGCGUAUGGUGCAGAUGUUGAAGUUGUUAAGCCUGUUGCUGUUAUUGGGGGUGUGGAUAACCAGUUUGUGCGUUCUAGUCGUCCUAACGGGAGUGAUCGUGCUACUUGGGAAGAUUUUAAUGUUGCUGAGGGGGAUGUUAAGAAGGCAUAA